UAAACAGGAGUCCUGCCAGGUCCCAUGGGGAGCAGGAUCGAACGUGUUCCUGCUUCCAGCUCCUUACGGAGGAUAUAAGCAGCCUGGAACAUUGCUCUGAUCCACAAACACAUGCUGUGACUUGGCCACUGGUUAUCGCUGCAGCAGAUAUGAAGACAAUCGCCACGGUGAUCAUGACAUGGAGCUUGGUCAUUUCCCUCAUCGUAGAGUCCUGUCACGCUCAGAAGCUCGAUAUUCACUGGGGUCCUCAGUCCAUGAUGUACCUAAAGGGCAAGUAUGGGAAGCGCUUUGUUCUGGAGGACGACACCAGUGCUUUGAAGCAGAGUCUGCAGGGCCUUAGUGCCUUGCUCCGAGAGAUUCAGAUGCUGCAAACAUUGGAAAUCAGAAAGAGGCCUAAAAUUGUGAGCCUGGAGAAGAUCUUCAUCCAGAAUCUGCAGGAGAGAUGAGUUAGCCGGUCCACUUCUGAGCCAACUACCCUAAAACUUAACCUUUCUGAAUGUUAGCUUUUUGUUUGCAGCUGAAAUGAUUUGUUUUUUGUUUUUGU